AUGGCCUUGGCUCUGCAGCUGCUGCCUCUGCUGUUAUGGAAGGCCAACGGGGACCCAUUGGCUUCUCUGCAAGGCCACCCAGGGGACCGGGUGAAUCUCUCCUGCGUGGGGGUCUUGCACCCCACCCGCUGGGCUUGGGCGCCUAGCUUCCCGGCCUGCAAAGGCCUGUCCAAAGGUCGCCGCCCUAUCUUGUGGAACUCCUCCAGUGGGACCCCAACAGUGUCCCCUCUGCAGCAUUUUGCUGGCCGCCUCCGCCCCCUAGGCACUAGUAUUCGGCGGCUGGAACUGCUCUUGAGCGCUGGGGACUCGGGCACUUUUUACUGCAAGGGUCGCCAAGAGAAUGAGAGCCGGACCGUGCUUCAAGUCCUGGGGGACAGGGCCUAUUGCAAGGCCUUGGGGCCUACCCACGGGUCUGCGUAUCCCCAGGUUCUGAUCCCGCUGAUGGGCGCAGGGCUGGUGCUGGGACUGGGAGCGCUGGGCGUGGUCUGGUGGCGGCGCAGAUGUGUUGGUCACCUUCUCUCCGUCCCUCAGCUCUAUCCCUCCCACAUAGCUCUGUACGUGAAUGUUGAGCCCCAGAGGCCCAGACUGGAGGGAGAACCCAAGAUUCCAGGAAACCUGGAGCAGGAACCGAGCCUGCACUAUGCCAAUCUGGACCAAAUGGCCCUCAGAAGGCCCCGACGGCUGUCCGAAGUGGUCUCUGCUGAUGCUUCCACUGUCUAUGCAGUUGUCGUUUGAAGGGAAGGCCUGGUUCUAAGUUUUCUAAGCUGGAGUCUCCCAGCUCUCCACAACCCCCAGCCCCUUCUUGGAUUGUCACCUAGAAGAAGGCACUGUGGAACAGAAACAAUCUGGGAGUCUGGGACCUACGCAUCCUGGGCUAUGGUUACCAUCGCUCUUGUUCUUCAGUUCUGAAUCUUUUCAGUCUCUCCCAUCAUGGAUGUCCUCUCUAAGCAUGAUGGGGCUCUGUCCAUAUCCCCAUUUUUAAGGCAUCAAUAACUCCAGAUUGUUGCUCUUUCUUUUCCCUUCCCUUUUUGAAUGCCUCGUUGGCUGAAAUUGCUCAUUUACUAUUCAUAAGAUUGCCAGUGGUGUCCUAAUUGACAUUAUUAUGGUUCUUUUUUUUUGGGGGGGGAGGUCCAGUCGUGUGGCCUGAACUUUGGGCCUGGG